AACUUUGGGGCGGGUCCAACAAGGGAGGACGCGUGCUUGCUCGAAUUUGAAUCCAGGCAACAGCUAACAACUUGUUGAGGCUUUAGCCAACUACACCAGCAAUUCAGAGACAGCGAGCAGUGCUGUAUCACUGUAGCACCUAUUCCGGUAACAUAUUCUGUAAAGUUUGAGUGUAGAAAUUAGCUCGCAUCUCCGUGACUUUUAAAUCGCUGCUCAGUGCUGUAACAUUAGCUGCAGGGAUCGCUGUUAAAGGAGGGACACUGGACAAGGCAAUGAAAGCGGGCGUCCACUGUCGUUGUUCAAAAUGCUACUCUGUCCCGGUACGGAAGCGGGUGCGUAAGCGAACCCCGGCCCUGACGCUGCUGUCCCUCCCCGAGGAGGUCCUCCUCUGCGUGCUCCAGUGCCUCUCUGCCGAGGACCUGCUGUCCGUCAGAGCCGUUCACUCCCAGUUGCGGGACAUUGUUGACAACCACUCCAGUGUGUGGGCCAGGGUCAGUUUCAGGGACACGUGGCCGUCCCCCGGCACCGUUUGGCUAUUUGAGAGAGCUGCCGAUAAAGGGAACUUUGAAGCUGCUGUGAAGCUAGGGAUCGCUUAUUUGUACAACGAAGGACCGUUGUUGAGCGACGAGGGGCGAGCUGAUGUCUGCGGUCGCAAGGCGUCCCACUUCUUCAGCCUGGCAGAGAGCCUGCGCGCUCCCACCACGGAUCCCUUCGUCUGGGUGUUCAUUCGCCCCCCGUGGUCACCCACCGGCAGCUGCUGCAAGGCCGUGGUGUUCGACCGCCUCAAGGCCGAGUGUGAAGACAACAUGGAGAAGAGAGGACCCUUGUUGCACUGCUUGGCCAGAGUUCUGCAGCUGUUUGAAGGCGACGAAAGACGCUCCGAGGCCAUAUCUAUGUUGGAGGAGUCGUCACAGGCCGGCUGUCUACAGAGCUCCUACAUGUUGUGGGAGCACAACCGGAAAAGCAGCAUGGCAGAUCCAGGCAGAUACCUCCAGUAUAUCCGAACCCUCAGGGACUAUGCAGGCAAAGGCUGCUGGGAGGCACAGCUCUCCUUGGCUAAAGUGUGCAGCGGCGGGAACCCGCUGGGCCUGGAGUCGAGGGCCUGCUCUGACCUGGUGGCUCAGCUCUUCGGUUCCUCCAACCCGGCUCCACAGCACUGCCCUCAGGGCGUCCUGAGACAAGGCAUUAAAGACACAAUGAGGUACAUCCUGGUGGACUGGCUGGUGGAGGUGACGACCAUGAAGGAUUUCUCCAGCCUGACGCUGCAUGUGACCGUAGGUUGUGUGGACCGCUACCUGGCGCUGCGCUCCGUCCCCAAAGCUCGCCUCCAGUUAUUGGGAAUCGCCUGCAUGGUGGUUUGUACACGCUACAUCAGUAAAGAAAUCCUGACCAUAAGAGAAGCUGUCUGGCUUACUGACAACACCUACAAAUAUGAGGACCUGGUUCGAAUGAUGGGGGAGGUUGUCUCUGUGCUGGAGGGAAAGAUCAGGAGCCCCACCCUGCUGGACUACGGCGAGGUGCUGCUGUCCCUGCUGCCCCUGGAGAGGCGCACCACCCACCUGUUCAGCUACAUCUGUGAGCUGUCGCUGCUCUACUCGGCUCUCUCCACACCACCGCCGUCCAAGCUGGCCUGCGCCGUGCUGCUGCUUGCCCGAGCGCUGCAUCACUACGCUCCGCUGUGGCCCAGCCAGUUAGUCGGCUACACGGGCUUCUCCAAGGAACACCUCGCCCCCCUGUCUGUGCUGCUGUAUGUCAAGUGUUUCAGUGAAGACGUUCCCAAAGAUUACAGGCACGUGUCCCUUACGGGUGUCAGGCAGCGGUUUGAAGAUGAGGCCUUCCAAAACAUCAGCAAAGAAAAGGUGAUGGAUUUUAAAGAGCUGUGUCAGAUCUUGGAGAUUCCUGAGGUGGAGCCUCAGAUGGAGCCUCCCAGUCCCACUGGUCAACCAGCCGACAUCCACACCUUCCUCGCCUCUCCAUCCAGCACCAACAAGAGGAGACGGGAUGACGCCAUGCAUGCCCACAGAGCCAGCUUCGUGGCCACACCCACCGCUGAGCUGUCCAAUCAGGAGGAGACGCUGCUCGGCAACAUUCUGGACUGGAGCCUGGACACUUCCUCUUCCGGUUAUGAGGGGGACCGGGAGGAGGAGAGCGAGGGGGAGACAGACUGCGAUUCCUCCAUGAUAUCCAUCAAACUGCCCUCGCUGGCCGACGCAGGCGAGAGACUAGAGCACUGCAGAGCCAUGUCCAGCGACGAGGACAGCUUCUCCGACGGGGAAAAGGAGGUGUGCAAGGAAGACGAGGAGUCCUUUUCCUUCACUACAGAGCUCAACAGUUCAGGGUACUCCUCUGUCCAGAGCGCUAGCCCCUCGUCCACAGGCUCCUCCUCCUCCUCCACCCUCAUGCCUGGCACGUUCAAGCCACUCGGCACUUCUCUGGGCACGGGCUCCGCCGACGGCCAGCCGGGCUUCCGCCUUUUGGUGCCCAUGCAGAGGCCCCGGGGCACCUCGAGCAAACAGGUGAAGAGGAAGAACUCAGCCGCUCACAGUGGAGGCGAGGUGGAAAGAGAAGAGGAGGAAGGACGCGAGUAUUCUGCUAUUGCAGGGUUUCUGAGCCUAUAGACGGGGGGGGGGCGCCUCCAGCUGAUCAGAGAGCCCUGCUCAGUUAUGAUCCUCCAGCACUUUUCUUCAGUUCCUCGAUGCUGUGCCUCACUCCUUUCAGUCUGCACUGAGCCGUCAAUUGCCAGAAGAUCAAGAGCCUUUCAAGUUCAGGGGAAACUAAUGGAAUUACAUGAAACCUUCUACCACAUUACAUUUUAUAUUUACAGUUUUACAUGCAUGGUACAAUGACAUACCUCACGUGAACUUAGACAGUUUGCUCUGAAACCACUGGAACAGAGCGUGACUUUCCUCAGGAACCUUUCUGUUGUCUUACCAGCCUUUCUACAGAAACCGAUCUCAGAUCAUGUCGAAUAUAUGAAGCCGCGUGGGCUUGUUUUCGGGGGAGAAAAAACAAAAAGUGUUCAUUGUCCAAAUCAUAUUGUGGUAAAAUCUCAAACACGGCUGUCAUCUUAUUGUGAUUGUUUUGGUUAUCAUAGUUUCUGAUAUGCACUGUCAGUACAAGACUUGUCUUGUAGUUGUUGAAUGUCAUCAGUAGGUGACUAUUCUCGUCUGUCUACAUCUGAAGCCUAAAAUAACGAUUGUGUGAACUCAUUUCCUUUUUAAUUCUGCGUGUGUUUGCCAAAGGUACUGUUGUGAUGUCACGUGCAACCGUCAACCGCCGUGAAAUGACUUUCUUGGUAGUGUUUGUCUUCUAGAGUGCAUCUAUACACCUGCAUUUUGGUCCAUGUUACUUGAGGACGGUCUUUUUAGACCUAAAGGUGUUCUCUCCAUAGAUUUUAGUGUGCAGAUGUCCAUCCUACAGGUUUGAGCCACAUUACCAUAUUAGGAAAAACUAAUAUAAACAUGUCUGCUGUUGAUGUUGACAUUACAUGUUCAGUAAGUGUUGCUCAUACUAGAAUUAUUCAUGCUCAACCCACUUUUCCACCAAUCUGAAUAAGGUCGAUCAAGUUUAUCAUCACCGAAGGAGGGUAAUUCAAUUCAACGUGACAUUUUCCCUGCUUGAACAAUCAAUACAAGUGUUUUGAAUGAAUUUGCUUUGCCCUCAUGGAGUGAAAGGGAACUCGGACACUAACGGAAAAUGUUUAACUGACGGGGGUUUUGAAAUGACUGUAAGCCACAGUACACAAUAUCAAAACGUCUGACUGACUGUAAAUACAUUUUAACUGUUACGCUAGGUUGGUUAUAACCCGUUUUAUUAAUGUACAUAGUACUAUAUGUAUACAUGGAGGAAGACCAGGAACUUGCCACUAAUACUUGAAAUUGUUUUCACUUGAUUCCAAAACGGCAGUUUUCUUUGAAUCUUUCUACCCUACAGUGUUUUCUCAACAGACCUGUGAUGUGAAUAUAUAAUUUUGUACUGAGUUUAAAUAAAAGAGACCAUCGUACAA